AGAAUUCUAUGCAGUUUUACACGUACAACAACUCAACGAUUAUAGUAAUAACAACGAACAAACAACAUCCGCUAAGAAAACAAAAUCGAACGGAUUAAUCUCACCAUCAGCAUGGGCACUAUCCCCGGGAAGAUUCAUACAAUCCACACCGAUAGUACCCAAAUCAACAAAUUCUACUUCGAUUAAACUAAAGAAUUUCAGCGAUGGAGCAAUGAACGGAGUUCUCAAGUAUUUUAAGCCAAAGAGAAAAGUGUCACAUAUGCAAGAAGACGAGUUUCAUCAAUUUCGAAUGGCUAACAAUGCAUUGUUACAAUGGAGAUUUGUUAAUGCUCGAGCUAAACUAGUUACAUCGAAUACAAAAAAGACUGCAGAGGAGACAUUGUUUGAUGUUUGGGUAAGGAUAUCAUUAAUGAGAAACGCGAUAGUGGAGAAGCGAAAAAGAGUGGAAAGAGUUAGAAAUGGUAUGAAGAUUAUGAUGGUUUUAAGUGGGCAACUUAGGUUGUUAGAAGAGUGGGGAAAGAUAGAAGCGAAGAACAUCGAAGGGGUAAGUAGAUUGACAAGAAAACUCACAGGAAUAUCGAUCAGACUCCCUUUGGUUCAUGGUGCUAAGGGAGAUGUGUUGUCUAUCUAUGAUGAGAUGAAUGCGGCUAUGGAUGUCAUGAAUGAUAUUCAACAAUUUUGCAUUAUAUAUCUUCAUCAGGUAAAAUAUAAGCGAAAAAGCAAAACAAUAGUCUUCUUAUGA